AUGGAGACUGCAGAUUGCUGGUAUUAUAAAACACCCCCAAGAUAUGCAGAAUCCGAGAGAACAUUUCACUCACCUGAGCUGAGAAUUGUGCUGCUGGGUGUUUCUGGUGUUGGAAAGAGUGCAACAGGAAAUUUAAUACUGGGCAGAAAGGCUUUUAAAGAGACCAGAACCAGAGUGAGUGAGAUACAGAGAGGAAGAGUAGAGGACAGAAUCAUCUCAGUCAUUGACACUCCGGGAUUCUUCACCACUGAACUGACUGAUGAAGAACUGCAUCAUGAAAUGAUAAGGAGUGCUUCUCUCUGUCACCCUGGUCCUCAUGUGUUUCUGCUGAUGAUCAACCUGGAGAGCAUGAAAGAGGGGGAGAGGAACCUUAUGAAACAAAUUGAGGAGAACUUUGGACCACAGGCUUUUAAGUUCACCCUUGUUCUGUUCAUUGGAAGAGAACGAAUGUCCAGCAAAGAAUGGAUGGUCUUUAUGCUUAGUACAAAAUUUCAGGAGCUAGUCAGACACUGCAGAGAUAAAUAUCAUGCAAUCAACAGUAUAAAUGAAAUUAACCGAACUCACAUCUCAAAGCUUCUACAGAAGAUUGAUGAAAUAGUCAAACAGAAUUAUGACCAGCAUUACAAUACUGACGUUUACUUAAAGUCCCCAACAAAGAUUAAAAAAUUAUCUUCUUCAAUCAUGUCAGAUCUCAGAAUUGUGAUGGUGGGGAAAACUGGAGCUGGAAAGAACGCAACAGGAAACACCAUCCUGGGACAAAAAGCUUUUAAAGAAGAAUUUUGUUCUGAAUCUGUGACUGGAAAAUGCCAACAGUAUCAGCGGAGGCUAGAAGGUAGAAUUAUCUCAGUGAUUGACACUCCAGGGGUGUGUGACACAUCAAUGCGUGAACAAGACCUGAAGGAUGAAGUAGUGAGAUGUGUAGAAAUGUCUCUUCCUGGUCCUCAUGUGUUUCUACUGGUCAUCAGACUGGAUGUGAGAUUCACAGUUGAGGAGAAGAACACAGUAAAAUGGAUUCAGGAGAACUUUGGAGAAGAUGCUUUACAUUACACCAUCAUUCUUUUUACUAGAGGGGAUCAGUUGAAAACAUCUAUAGAGGAGUUUCUGACAACAAACAAGCAGAUGAAUGAGCUAAUCAAACAGUGUAAAGCUGGUUAUCAGGUUUUUGAUAACACAAAUGAAAAUCAAGCACAGGUUAGUAAGCUGUUAUGGAAGAUAGACACAAUGGUGAAGGACAACAGACGAGAGCAUUACACAAAUCAGAUGUACCAGGAAGCUCAAAGGAAAAUCUGGGAAGAAGAAGAGAGGCAGAGAGAGGAGGACAAGAGAUUAAGGCAAGAAGAGGAGAUAAAAAUAAGGAAGGAUGAACAAAAGAGACUUGUCAAGACUGCUAAAAUGGGAGCCUUGGUGGGAGCAGGUGUAGGAGGAGUGAUUGGAGGUGUAGCACUGGCAGCGGGAACUGGAUUGGCACUACCUGCAGCUUUAAUCACAGGAG